AUCCAACCAGAAGAAAGAGAGAGAGAGAGAGAAUCAAAUUUACAGAAGAAGGAGAAGCGACAGCGAGAGAAAAGCAGAGGCACCGAAGUAACUAACCAAAGCCUCCAUGGCCUCUCUAACCGCAAUGGCUGUUGCGCAACCAGCGACCAUCAAGGGCCUCGGCGCCAGCUCUCUGCACGGCGCUAAGCUCUCCGUUCGUCCCCCCGGCAGAGUUUCUACACGCUCCAGCAGAAGAUCUACUGAUUCCGUGGUGGCCAAGUACGGAGACAAGAGCGUGUACUUUGAUCUCGAGGACAUCGGCAACACGACUGGCCAGUGGGAUCUGUAUGGCUCCGAUGCGCCUUCUCCUUACAACCCCCUUCAGAGCAAAUUCUUUGAGACGUUUGCAGCUCCUUUCACCAAGAGGGGUUUGCUGCUCAAGUUCUUGAUACUCGGAGGAGGCUCCUUGCUCGCGUAUCUCAGCUCCACAGCCUCAGGCGACAUACUGCCCAUCAAGAAAGGGCCUCAGCUCCCACCGAAGCUUGGUCCACGUGGAAAGAUAUAACUAAUAUCGACACAGUAAUUCUCGAUGUGUUUUCCCGCUUGUGUUGUUGAUAUGUACUUCCCAAUCGAGUUUGUAAGUAUUGACCUUCUUAAUCGCUGUACCGAGUAAAUCUGAAAGUUUGAGCAUGUUUCUCUUUACAGCAGCAAGUCUUUUAUUUUA